AUGUCUGCAUUUCAUACACGGCUGACAAAACCUGCCAGUACCCUCAGUUCAGAAGACAUAAAGUUAAAACAGAAAUGUCUCACAACAGAAGCUUGGAACCCGGGCAUCGCCAAGAUCCCAGCUUACCACUCUUCUCUCAUGGACCCUGACACCAAAAUCAUUGGAAACAUGGCACUGUUGCCUAUCAGAAGUCAGUUCAAAGGACCCAUCCCUAGAGAGACAAAAGAUAUAGGCAUUGUGGAUGAAGCCAUCUAUUACUUCAAGGCCAAUGUCUUCUUCAAAAACUAUAAGAUUAAGAAUGAAGCUAAUAGAACCUUGAUAUAUACAAUUCUCUACACUUUUGUUGAGUGUCUAAAGAAUCUCCAAAAGUGCAAUUCCAAAAGCCAAGGUGAAAAAGAAAUGCAUACACUAGGAAUCACUAAUUUUCCCAUUCCUAGAGAGCCUGGUUUUCCAUUUAAUGUAAUUUAUGCCACCCCAGCAAACAAACAGGAAGGUAAGGUGAUAGGGGCCUACUUACAGCAGUUGAGACAAGCAACUGGACAGAUUUGUGACAAAGUUUUUGACCCUCAGAACGAUAAACAUAGCAAGUGGUGGACUUGUUUUGUAAAGAGACAGCUCAUGAAAAAGAGACUUUCAGGACCUGGACAGUGA